AUGUGUGACCAGCAGAAGCAGGUGCAGUUCCCUCCAUCUUGUGUGAAAGGCUCUGGAUUGGGGGCUGGGCAAGGCGCCAAAGUUACUUCUGUGAAAGGUGCAGGUCCGUGCUCAACUCAGACCUAUGUGACAUGCCAAGCUCCAUGCCAGACAACCUGUGUGAAGUGCCCAGCUCCAUGCCCAACUCAGACCUAUGUGACAUGCCAAGCUCCAUGCCAGACAACCUAUGUGAAGUGCCCAGCUCCAUGCCCAACUCAGACCUAUGUGACAUCUCCAUGCCCAACUCAAACAUAUGUGAAAUGUGCAACUCCUUGCCAGACGCUUGUGAAGUGCCCUGCUCCCUGCCAGACCACCUAUGUGAAAUGCCCAACUCCCUGCCAGACAUAUGUAAAGUGCCCAGUUCCAUGCCAGACCCAGAGAUACUAUGUUCAGUACACCUCUCCUAGCCAGAGCUCCUAUGUUCAGGCUCCUGCAAGUGGCUCAGGCACCCAGGCCUGUGUCCCUGAUCCUUGCUCUGCUCCCUGCUCCACCAGCUACUCCUGUCUGGCUCCCCGGACCUUCGGAGUAAGCCCCCUCAGACGCUGGGUCCAACGACCCCAGGAAUGCAGUUCAGGAUCAGCUGGCUGCUGUGAGGAUUCUGGAUGCUGCAGCUCUGGGUGCUGCAGCUCUGGGUGCUGCAGCUCUGGGUGCUGCUGCUCUGGGAUAGGCUGUUUGGGAAUUAUACCCAUGAGGUCCCGAGGUCCCGUAUGCUGUUGUCAUCAUGAGGAUGACUGCUGCUGUUAAAAACAGAAAAACAGCUUUGCUCCCGAAUUCACUGCCUGCUCUACCUUCUUAGAACUUCACCAGCCCCUGGCCCCCUCCCUGUCUU